AUGGCUCCCAACCUGCACAUCCGCGAGGCCGUCAAUGGGGUCUCAAGGUCCUUCUCAAACCUUGUCAAGCGCAUUGAAAUCGCCAUCACACCCACAAGUCCACCCGGUCUCAUCCAAGCGCAAACUGUCGACCCCUGGGAAAAGUCUGGCAAAUAUGGCCGAGGAUGGUCAUACUUCGCCAUUGCCUUGAUCGGCACCGUUCUCAUAAUGCGGGUCUGGCAUCUCUGGCAGGACAAGAUUCGACAGGCCAUCUAUAAGCAAGAGGUGGAGGAGCAUUACCGAAACCUGUACAGCAUGCAGGAAGAGUAUGCCAUGUCCGGCGGAAUCCCGGGCGCACAGAGCCCACGACUCUUCCAUGAAGGCGACGCGCCUGGUGAGAAGGCCUUCCGACCAAAGGCGCACUUCUCCUCUGUCAGCAUUGUCAACGAUACCCUGGCUCUGUUCCGUUGGAUCUUUUACCGCCCCAUCCCGGACUUUGUAUGGGGAAGACGUCGAAUUACCUUUUCGUCACUGGCCGUUCUCACUACCGUCUUCGUCUCGCUCAUCUUUGUCGUCCUUUACUGCUUCCUUCAGCAGCCCCUGUACUGGCAGAGCAUUCAGUAUGGCUCACCGCCAUUGGCGAUUCGCGCGGGCAUGAUUGGUGUCGCCUUGACGCCUUGGAUUAUUGCGACGAGUAUGAAGGCAAACCUCUUGACCAUUCUCAUCGGCAUCGGCCCUGAGCGGCUCAACGUAUUCCACCGAUGGGCGGGCUAUCUCCUGCUGUUCCUCUCACUCGUCCACGCCAUCCCAUUUUAUGUCCAGCCCGUCUGGGAUGAUGGCGGCAUGGAAGUGUUCCAACGCCUGUUCCCCGGUGGCAGUGGUAUUAUCUACGGCACCGGCAUUGCCUGCCUGGUGCCCCUUAUCUGGCUUUGUGUGGCGUCUCUCCCCUUCAUCAGGAGAAUGGCAUACGAGGUGUUUGUCCUUCUCCACAUCCCAGUGGGAAUCCUCUAUGUCGGCCUCCUUUUCUGGCACACAAAGAACUUUCUCAUGUCAUGGGCCUAUCUCUGGACUACUGUUGGCAUUUGGGUCUUCUGCUACUUCUUGAGACUGUUCAAGCUCAACUGGACCAAGCCCUGGCGCAUGUCCUUCCUUGUUGGCGACGAGGCUGCCAUCACACUCAUGGCCGAGAACGCCAUCAAGAUCACCAUCCCAACCCAACAGCGAUGGAAGCCCGGACAAUACUUCUAUCUCCGAAUGCCGGGUAUCUCUCUCUUUGAGAACCACCCCUUUACUGUCGCUUCACUAUGCAGUGACGACUUCCCUUCGGAAUAUGGUGAAGAGUACCGUGACUGUACUCUCGUCUUCCGACCCUAUGGAGGAUUUACUCGUCGGGUCCUGGAGACGGCCAUUGAGAAGGGACCGUUCCAUACUUAUCGUGCUUUCCUGGACGGCCCCUAUGGUGGAAUGCGUCGUGAUCUCGCUGCCUUUGACACCUGCAUUCUCAUUGCGGGAGGCAGCGGUAUCACUGCGCUUGUGUCGCAGCUCCUGAAUCUUAUCAAGAGAAUGCGAGAUGGCAAGGCCAUUACCAAGAAGGUCGUUGUCGUCUGGGCUUUGAAGCGACUUGAGGCGAUGGACUGGUUCCGCGAGGAGCUGCGUAUCUGCCGAGAGUCUGCUCCCCCUGAGAGUGUCACUUGCAAGUUCUUUGUCACCUCAGCUGUUAGAGCACGCCCUGGUAUGGAUGCGCCAGGCCCCUUCAACCAGGGCCCUCCCAAUGCCGGCCCCAACAACCCCCGGGCUCUGAGCCACAUGUUUCACGACAAGCUUGAUGGGUUUGUGGCUGGUAUUGCCUCAAAGCGAAACUCGGCCUUGAUCCAGUCCGAGGCUCAGGGUGAUCCGGAGCGCGAGCGAGAACUCCGUGCUGAGGAUGAGGAUCGCAUCACUGCUCUUCCUCAGCAGAAGUACCUCCAGCCUCACUCAUUCCCGCCUCCACCCCCCGGAACACCACCCACUAAUCGAGAGGAGGCGUACAAGAAGCUCGAUAAUUAUGGUUAUCCCGAGGACAAGAAACCGGCAGUUGAUGAAGACGAUCAGCCUGCAAAGGAAGAAUUCCGAUUUAGGCCAAUGAACGUUGAAAACCCACCUCACUUUAACUACGCACCACCGAGACCAUCUCAAGAGCCGAGGCCGGAAGACGACGACUUGCCGGUCCGGGCUCCGGAGCUCGCGCAUCUCCGAACUACCAACCUGGAACCCGCACGGCCCCGGCCUACAUCGACAUUCGGACCCCCUUCGGGCUUCGACUUUGGUUUCGCCAGCACGCCGACCGAAUUUCAGAAGAGCUUGAUGCGGUUCGCAUUCCCCGUGCCCCACCAGAUCGAUGGAGGAUGGAGUGUGGAGUAUGGCCGACCUGACCUGGGUUACAUGCUCAAGGAGUGGGCGACCGGUGGCCCCGAUGGACGGGGUAUUCUUGGCCGGCGCACGGCGGUGUUUGUGUGCGGGCCGCCAUCCAUGAGAGUCGGCGUUGCCAACACGGUGGCACGGCUGCAGGCCGAGAUCUGGGGCGACGACGAACUGGAGGAGAUUUUCUUGCACACCGAGAACUUUGCCCUAUAA